AGAAAACACAGACACACACUAGGAGACAAGGAGAACUGGGGUUAGCUGGGAGACCCCAGCUGCCACAGGGAACGUGCUCAGGAAGCAUCUGAGCGGGCCAGGCCACAGGGGAAAGCUCUUCUCGCCGUGAACCCACCUCCCGCCCUUGGGAACUCUCUGGCUCAGGCCAGGGAUGGCGGAUUCCUGCCGGAACCUCACCUACGUGCGGGACUCGGUGGGGCCGGCCACCAGCACCCUGAUGUUCGUGGCGGGCGUGGUAGGCAACGGGCUGGCGCUGGGCAUCCUGGGCGCUCGUCGCCGGUCGCGCCCGUCGGCCUUCGCGGUGCUGGUCACUGGGCUGGCGGUGACAGACCUGCUGGGCACGUGCUUCCUGAGCCCAGCGGUGUUCGUGGCCUACGCUCGCAACAGCUCGUUGCUGGGCCUGGCAAGAGGUGGCCCCGCGCUGUGCGACGCCUUCGCCUUUGCCAUGACCUUCUUCGGCCUGGCCUCCACCCUCAUCCUCUUCGCCAUGGCCGUGGAGCGCUGCCUGGCGCUCAGCCACCCCUACCUGUACGCACAGCUGGACGCGCCGCGCUGCGCUCGCCUGGUGCUGCCCACCAUCUACGCCUUCUGUGUCCUCUUCUGCUCGCUGCCCCUGCUGGGCCUGGGCCAGCACCAGCAGUACUGCCCGGGCAGUUGGUGCUUUGUCCGCCUUCGCUCGGCGGAGCCCGGCGGCUGCGCCUUCUCACUGGCCUACGCCAGCCUCGUGGCCCUGCUGGUGGCUGCCAUCUUCCUCUGCAACGGCUCCGUCACUCUCAGCCUCUGCCGCAUGUACCGCCAGCAGAGGCGCCACCAGGGCUCGCUGGUCCCCGGUCCCCGGGCGGGUGAGGAUGAGGUUGACCACCUGAUUCUGUUGGCCCUCAUGACGGGCAUCAUGGCCGUGUGCUCCUUGCCUCUCACGAUCCGCAGCUUCACCCAGGCCAUCAGUCCAGACAGCAGCGAGAUGGGGGACCUCCAGGCCUUCCGCUUCAAUGCCUUCAACCCCAUCCUGGACCCCUGGGUCUUCAUCCUUUUCCGCAAGGCCGUCUUCCAGCGACUCAAGCUGUGGUUCUGCUGCCUAUGUCCUGGCCCCAUCCGAGACGAUGUGCAGACUCCCCUCUCUCGGCCCCCAAGGGCCCCCUCUGCCCAUGGGAGAAAGGAGGGGAGCUGGGUGCCUUUGUCAGCCUGGGGUGAGAGGCAGGUGGUACCCUUGCCUCCUGCACAGAGGUCCAGCAACAGCACCGUGGGAACGCUGUCCAAAGCAGAGGCCACUGUCGCCUGCUCCCUCUGCUGACAUCCUAAGCUGACUGUGAGCUCCACACUGUCUUCAGGGAACAGGAGCCAGAAAAGCAGGGUCAGGGCUAAUGGGUGCAGAUGCCAGAACCUUGGUCCCCAAACCUCUGGGACCAUCAGCUGCUAUUUCUCCUCCAUGAGGGCAGCCGCUGUAGGCUCUGGGAGGAGAGUGAGGGACAGAGGGAACGUUUAUCCUGGACCACAGAGAGAAUAGUUCUCUCAAAAUAACCAGUGGCCUGGCCAGCCUGCUCUAGCCCUUGGGUCCCCAUCCAUCUCACUGUCUAAAUAUUUAGAAGGCGGAAAAGUUCCCAGAGGCUUCUGUGUAUUCAGGUCUGCUCUGCUUUGGAUGUCAGCUCCUAUCCUCAUCCAUAAGGGGGCCCAGCUGCCCACCCCAAAUCCCGAGGGGCAGCCCUGCCCUCUCCAAAGCCACUCCAAGAGCCACUCCCUUUCUGCCCCAGGAGAGCCAGGGAUUCUCAAAAAAGCACCCUCCCUCCCCUUAGCCCAGCCCCAGUCAGACUUGGGAGCCCUGGCACCCCAAUGGGAGGUGAGAGGAUGCAGAAGCUGCAGCAUUGUGAGUGACAAUGCAGGACAUGUGCCUGAUAUGAAAGGGGCCUGAGACACUCCACCUAGGUUCAUGGGCACGAGGCAUGAACCUGGGUUACAGGUGGUGGGGAGAUAGAUGGAGAAGCUGGGGAUGAAUGGGUGCAGUGGGCAGAUCCCACGACUCCCCCAGAAUGCAGACCCAAGUCUUGUACCUGUUGCCAGGCUCCUGAAUAAAUAACUGCCUCCUUACAGAGCU